AUGGAUAAACCUAGCACUAGCCGUCAAUCGAUUGAUAAGGUGGAAAUAUUUGAAGUCCGCGAACAUGUGCCAUAUCAAGCAGAAGUUACAAGAGCACCGGUGGCAUAUGAUGAAGAAAGUGGUGACACUUAUAACAGUUCUUCCUGGAGUUCAGCUUGGAGAGCCAUUUGCCAGCUGGUCAAUCUUCUUCAUCACAUGCAGAUAGCCAUUGUAGUGUUCUGCUUAUGGCGUUUUGCGUUAACCUCCCAGCCAAAUGGAUCGAUCACGAAUUUGCAACUUCAUAUUGUUUUUGCGGGGACCGGUUACCAACUAUUCCUGGUCGAAUCUGUGCUCACAUUGCACAGACACAACUCCUGGUCAUUUCAGUUGCGUCAGGACAGUAAAAGGAUAAUUCACGGCUGUCUCCAGCUAGUUGGUUCGCUUUUCGUCAUGGCGGGAACGUUUCUAGCAUUAUCAGAAGUUAAAAUGGUGAUCAACACAGCCCAUGGAAUUUGCGGAGUCAUCGCUCUAACAUUUACCCUCAUAAGCUUCGUGUCUGGGAUUCUAGCAUUGUUUUCGUCAAAAAUACGAUUAAUGGUAAAAAGUGGUCCUGUCAAAAUUCUUCAUAUAGCUGUGGGACUGUUUGCAGUAACUAUGGGUCUUGUCACUAUGAUUAUGGGCUUCAAUAUGGCUUACUUCAGCGCUACGCAAGGAGACCUGGCCACAGCUUUGAUGGUUUUCGUUUGUAUUAUUCUAAUUUACGUGAUAGUUCAGCCUAUUCUUGAUUUGAUAUCAACAGCGAGGAACACCUUGUGA